UCUUCUGGGUGGUUGCCGUGUUCCUUCGGGUUUUAACUGUGGAGAGAGGUUUUUCGUCUCGUGCAGUGUGGCGCUGUGACCUUUCCUGGCAGAAGGAACGUAGGGAGGACGCGGAGACACCCCGAAGCCGGAAAAUGGACUUGGUGACCUUUGAGGACUUGGCUGUGAACUUCAACAGGGAGGAGUGGGCUUUGCUGGAUCCUUCCCAGAAGAAUCUCUACAAAGAUGUAAUUUGGGAAACUGUCAGAAACCUGGUUUUUAUAGGAAAACAGUGGGAAGACCACAACAUUGAAGAUCAGUAUAAAAAUCUCAAGAGAAAUCUAAGAAACCAUAUAUUAGAACUCUGUGAAAGUAAAGAAGGUAAUCACUAUGGAGAAAUGUUCAGCCAGAGUUCAGAUGAUAUUCUCAAUGAGAAAACUUCUCUUGGAGCAAAAACACAUGAAAGCAAUAUGUGUGGAGAAGACUUCAUUGUUUAUUUAUCCUUUAAUAGAUGUGUUAGAGCUCACACUGGACAGAAACCAUGUGAACAUCAGGAAUAUGGAGAGAGGUCAUGCAAAUGUAAGGAAUGUAGCAAUAUGUUUUCUUGUCUUCCAAAUGUUCGAAGACACAUUAAAAAGCAUACUGGAGAUAGACCUUUUAAAUGUAACAAAUGCGGCAAAAAGUUUUAUAUUCAGAGUUCAUUUCAAAUACAUGAAAGAUCUCACACUGGAGAGAAACCCUAUGUAUGUAAGAAAUGUGGGAAAGCCUUUAGUUGUUCCAGUUCUUUUCAUGUACAUGAAAGAACUCACACUGGAGAAAAACCCUAUGAAUGUAAGAAAUGUGGGAAAGCCUUCCAUCAUACCACUUCUUUUCGCAUACAUGAAAAAACUCACACUGGAGAGAAGCCCUAUGAAUGUAUGAAAUGUGGUAAAACCUUCAGUCUAUCUAGUCAUUUACAAAACCAUGAAAAAACUCACACUGGAGAGAAGCCCUAUGAAUGUAAGAAAUGUGGGAAAGCCUUUAGUCAUUCUAGUUCUUUUCGCACACAUGAAAGAACUCACACUGGUGAGAAGCCCUAUGAAUGUAAGAAAUGUGGGAAAGCCUUUAGUCAUUCUAGUUCUUUUCGCACACAUGAAAGAACUCACACUGGUGAGAAGCCCUAUGAAUGUAAGAAAUGUGGGAAAGCCUUCCAUCAUACCACUUCUUUUCGCAUACAUGAAAAAACUCACACUGGAGAGAAGCCCUAUGAAUGUAUGAAAUGUGGUAAAACCUUCAGUCUAUCUAGUCAUUUACAAAACCAUGAAAAAACUCACACUGGAGAGAAGCCCUAUGAAUGUAAGAAAUGUGGGAAAGCCUUUAGUCAUUCUAGUUCUUUUCGCACACAUGAAAGAACUCACACUGGAGAAAAACCCUAUGAAUGUAAGAAAUGUGGGAAAGCCUUUAGUCGUUCCAGUUCUUUUCAUGUACAUGAGAGAACUCACACUGGAGAAAAACCCUAUGAAUGUAAGAAAUGUGGGGAAGUCUUCCGUCACACCACUUCUUUUCGCAUACAUGAAAGAACUCACACUGGAGAGAAGCCUUAUGAAUGUAUGAAAUGUGGGAAAGCCUUCAGUCUAUCUAGUCAUUUACAAAACCAUGAAAGAACUCACACCAGAGAGAAACCCUAUGAAUGUAAGAAAUGUGGGAAAGCCUUCAGUCUAUCUAGUCAUUUACAAAACCAUGAAAGAACUCACACCAGAGAGAAACCCUAUGAAUGUAAGAAAUGUGGAAAAGCCUUUAUUUUUUCAAGUUCUUUUCGUGUACAUGAAAUGAUUCACGCUGGAGAGAAGCCUUAUGAAUGUAAGAAAUGUGGAAAAGCCUUUAUUUGUUCAAGUGCUUUUCGUGUACAUGAAAGGAUUCACACUGGAGAGAAGCCUUAUGAAUGUAAGAAAUGUGGAAAAGCCUUUAGUCAUUCUAAUUCCUUUCACAUACAUGAAAGAACUCAUACCGGUGAGAAACCUUAUGAAUGUAAGAAGUGUGGAAAAGCCUUUAAUCUUUCUAGUCACUUAAGAAACCAUGAAAGAAUUCACACUGGAGAAAAAACCUAUGAAUGUAAGAAAUGUGGGAAAGCCUUUGUUCUUUCUAGUUAUUUACAGAAGCAUGAAAGAACACACAAUGAAGAGAAACCAUAUGUAUGUAAACAGUGUGGAAAAGCCUUUAGAUGUUCUAGUUCCGUUCAAAACCAUGAAAGAACUCACACCGGAGAAAAACCCUAUGAAUGUAAAGAAUGUGGGAAAUUGUUUUCUUAUCUUGCAAGUGCUCGAAGACACAUGAUAAGGCACAGUGGAGAUGGGGCUUAUAAAUGUACAGAAUGCGGGAAAGCUUUUUAUCUUCUUAAUUUUUUUCAAAUACAUGAAAGAGCUCAUGCUGGAGAGAAACCCUAUGAAUGUGAGAAAUGUGGUAAAACUUUCAGUCAGUCUUCUCACUUAUGAAGACCUGAAAGUACUCAUUGGAGUGAAACCACAUGGAUGUAAAUAGUGUGAAAAACUUUCAGAUGUUCCAGUUCCUUUCGAAACCAUGAAAGAAUUCAUACUGGAGAGAUUCUUUGAAUGUAAAAAAUGUGGAAAAGCCUUCAGCCAUUUUAUUUUUAUUUAUUUAUUUAUUUUUGGAUACAUGAAAGAACUCACAUUGGUGAGAAACCCUAUGACUAAGAAAUGUGGGAAAACCUUCAGUCUUUCUUGUCAUUUAUGAAGACAUAAAAGAACUUACACUUGAGAGAAACCCUACAAGUGUAAAACAUGUGGGAAAGCCUUCAGCCUUUUUAGUAACUUAUAAAGGCAUGAAAAUUCAUGCUUUAUAGAAACCUAGUGAAUGUAAGAAAUGUGGGAUAUCAUUCUGUUUUAUCAGUCACCUUCAACAACAUGAAAGUACUCACACUGGAGAAAACCCUGUGAGUAUAAAACAAGGGAAACCCUUCAGUCAUUUCAGUACCUUACAAAGACAUUAAAAAAUUUAUUUGAUACAGAAACCUUCUGAAUGUUUUGACCCUUAAAGAAAUGGAGCACAAAUUUUAGUAAAAUGAAUUUAUUGGGUUUGUAUGAACUGCAGCCCAGAAGGUGCAGAAUUAAACACCUUAAACAUAUGAGAAGCUCUAAGGUUUUGCCAGGUUUCAGUAGACUUUAAAGGCAAAAACUGUAAGCAGAAGGGGAUUACAUCAUUUGUUUAGAAUUUUGGUUGGUGCAAGCACAUUAACGAUAUCUUAUAGGAAAUGGGUUGGGUAACUUGCAGAGUAUAGUCAAGCACUUCUUAGGA